AUGCAUUACCUGGAUGACUUCCUAACCGGGGGCACAGCAGGCACCAGCCACUGCUCAGACAACCUCAACGGAUGCGUGAAUAGACUAGAACAGCUUGGGGUCCCUAUUGCACACGACAAGACGGUGGGCCCCACGACUAAACUGACAUUCUUAGGGCUGGAAAUCGACACUAACGCAAUGCAGAUCAGAAUCCCAGAGUCCAAGAUCAAGGAGGCGAAAAGGGAAAUCCAAGACAUCCUGUCAACAGGUAACAUCAAGGUCACAAAAAGGACCCUUCAGUCCCUCAUAGGCAAGCUUAACUUUAUGUGCAGGGCUAUACCAAUGGAAAGGGCAUUCAGCCGAAGGCUAAUCGAUCUGCUUAGUAAAGGUAAGCAACCAUUUCACCACAUUAGGAUUACCAGCUGGGUCAAGGAAGACCUACAAAUGUGGUUAACAUUUCUUAUGAGUUAUAACGGCAUUUCAGUGUUUCAGGACCAACUAUGGGUAGACAGCGAUUUCCUCCAGCUGUUUUCAGACACAGCAGGUGGUGCCGGCUUUUGGCCCUACAUGCAGGGCAAAUGGUUUAACGGCGCAUGGCCAACCCAGUGGGUGACGGAUGGAACUACACGGGACUUGACGCUCCUGGAGCUGUUCCCCAUCACACUGGCCAUCCAACUUUCGGGCAAGCAACUUUCAAACAAAAAGGUCCUCUUUUACUGUGACAGCCAAGCCGUCAUAGCAAUAAUCAACAAACAGCCUACCAAGGCCCCCAGAGUGAUGAGCCUACUCCGUCGCCUAAUCCUGCAGUACCUCCGAUAUAAUAUUAUGUUUAAGGCAAAGUAUGUAUGUUUCACUGCUAACACUAUUGCCAAUGCUCUCUCGAGGUUUCAGCUCAAACGCUUCCGACAGGCAGCACCAGCCGCGGACCAGAACCCCAUACCUAUCCCGUGCAACAUAUGGCUGAUCGGAGGCAGGAAGCCGGCAGACUCCUACAACAAUCUCUGUCUACAAAUACAUGGGCCACUUACCAAACAGGCAUCAAUGCCUUGCACCAGUUCCGGUCCACACACCAGCUACAAGAGGUGUGGCCAGUCCCGCUGGAUCAGGUUGUAA